UAUUCAUUCAUCUUCUUCCUCACAUUAGCUCAAAUCUCUCCAUUUUAUUAUAAUUUGGAUAUCCCUAUAAUCCAUAAAUGGUGCUUUCAUUGAGAGUUUUGAGCAAAAAUCAAGUGAGAAAUCCUCCCAAAAAAUAUCCAAAGAAUAUUUCAUUCACAAAAAAAUCCAGAACAAAAUGAUCUCGAAAAUGCAAAAAAAGGAGGAAGAAUUUGCAAUUUCAGAUCUGAGAAGUCCCAGAUCUGACCGCAAACGGGCCGUCAGUCGCAGCUCCCCUCUAGUCUGGUGAGCCCUUGCAAGUUUCUGCCAUUAAAUGGCCACAAGAUAUUGCCAUUUUGCCAGUAGGGAGCCCUUGCUCCUUGCAGAGUGCUGGUCAAGAUAUCGUCGGGCGAGAGUAAUUUCGCACAGAGCAGCAGUAGAUCUGACGACCGAACCUACACUUUCCGGCGACAUCCAUGGAAGAGGAUCGAUCAUAUCUCCAGGCGCCCAGCGGAAAGCCAUCGACUGUAGUUCUCGACUAGCAAAAUGGUUGCCAAGCUGGCAAGCUCCUCUCCUGCAACGCCAUCUGCAGUAGCUAGCCGUCGCGGCUCGCUUCCUCUUCCCAAGAAAGCCAGGCAGGGAUGAUUUGGUCAAAGAGGAGUGAUUACCCCAUAAUCCAUUUCCGGUGGCAUGGAUUUCUACCAGCUGGAUGGACAAGGCUUGGAUUAAAAUUGAUGGGCCAAGACUACACGCAGUCCACGACUUCAACAUCACAGUGCAUUUAUCCAGCUCAUUCAAAGCUAAGUACUCCUAAUUUCCCUCCAUGGAAUUGAUAUGUGAACUUAUUUGAUAAGAUGAUUAUAAAAAAAAUCAUAAAUGAAAUAUUUUAAUAAUAUAGCAUCAAACUUCAAUCUCGAGGGGUGAGUCAUCCGUGAAAAGACCCGUAAAUAGUGUCUAGCGGAUCCCAGCUAAGAACUUGGGUGACGAGUUGAGCUAGAUUAUUAAUUUAUUAUCAUUAUUUUUUAAAUAGUGUGUAUUUUUUGACAUUGAAAAAAUGGACUUAUGAAAUUCCGAGCACUCGCGUACACCGGGCGAGCACACACACUCGCGCCACCGGGUCACGUCAAACGAGUGUGGAUAGUAAGCUCUCAAUCCAAAUGUUAUCUAAUGCAUACUUUAGUUUCUAUGUUUUGUAUGAGUUAUGUGUGCCCUCUAGCUAUCGGAAAUGAACUGCAAUCCCUCAGCGGUAGGUUCAGUCCUUUAUGCGUGCCACGCUCCAACUAAGUAUAGAAACCUAGCUUGAGUUGCAGCUUGGAAAUUUGCGGCAACUUGAUUUAGGCCCAAAUCCAAUAGCAAAUUAUAAGCUCAAGAAAUUAUAACAAUUUUAUUUGAAUGCAUAGGUGCAACUAUAUGAUGACAUCAUACCGGCCACUUAGCCGUCUCUCAUGGUCAUCUUUAUUUGAUGGCUUGGACUUCUUAUAGACCUCUCGGCCACACGUCUCGGUCACUUUAUUUGAUGACCCGGACAUCAUAUUAUGGACGGCCACUCGACCUAUCUCUUAGUCAUCUUUAUUUGAUGACUAGGACUACUUAUCAUGCCGAGCUACUCACAUCUAGAGACUGGUCUCGGCCAUCCCCUCAGGAGACGGACACCGUUGCAGCUCCACACCUAGGUCGAAGGGCUCAACCCUUUUGCUUCAUUUUGGGGGCAUCCGGUGUACUCUUUUCCCCCUCAUUAGGAUUUUUUCCCACAGGGUUUUUUCUUAAUGAUGUUUUUAAUGAGGCAUCUCCCCAUUGUGGAUCAAAAGGUGUCAGCCCUCGGCCCCCUGUUGAAGACAUCACGCGACACGCAUUACUCUACUCCUCUUCACCUCACUACAUUCACCUCAAGGAGUGGGGGACUGGAAGAGCGGGGGACUUAGCGCCUCCGUUAACCAAAGAAGCAGAAAUUCAAAAAUUUUCACGAAGUUUACUCAUCAGAUGAUAUGUUGAAGAUCAUUAAAUUGUGAAUCAAGUUUGUCACCUAUCUUGUUAUAGAUUAGCUUUAUAUUAUCCGUGUACUCAAUAUUUGUGUUUAUUAGGUUAAAGAAUAUGGGACCAAGUGUCAGGCCCAUAUUAGGCUGAAAGCCUUUUCCGCCAACCCUAUACCUGCGCAUAUAAAAAGGCGCUUCAGGUUUAGGGUUGCGUUAACUUUCGUACUCGUUCCAAAUAGCCUUAGCGCAAAUUCUUCUAUGUACGAGUUCACGGUAUAUCAAGGAAGGUUUAC